AUGCUUGUUGUCACAUGUAUGGCUUUUGUCCUGUACGGAGUCACCAGUGCCCAGGCUUAUGUUUACAUGCUUAAUUCAAAGAACGAUCCGCGAUGGAUGAAGGCCUUGGCGGCGUCGAUCUGGAUUCUCGAGACUGCUCAUAGUGCUUUCGUACUUCGACAACUAUAUUACAUGGUCAUCCUUAGCUUCGGUGACUACGACGCCAUAGGAAGAAUCGACUGGAGUCUAGCUCUUAUGACUUUAGCAGAGAUACUCAUAAUCCUGCUGGUCGAAGGGUAUUAUAUUUGGCGUAUCUGGAUUUUGAGCAACAAAUCACGGAUUCUCACCGGUCUCCUGAUCGUGCUGCUCUGCUGCCGACUUGGAUUUACCCUAUGCACAGGAAUCUACACAUUGUUGACGGGGACUUGGGUCAAAUUUCAAGGAAGCUUUGGACCGAAUUUUGUUGUGCUUAUGACAAACAGUUUCUCCGCGAUCAUUGACGGUGUCAUCGCGAUUUCCAUGAUCGUCUUACUCCGACGCAGCCAAAUGGGUUUCAAUUAUAAGAUGGACGGUGUCCUUCGAUGGAUCAUGGCCUACACAGUCAAUAUAGGUGCUAUCAGCAUAAUUGUUUCUAUCGUCAUCGCAAUCACGUACCAAACGCUGAAGGAAAAUCUCAUCUUCGCAGGUUUGGUCGUGCUGACAGGGAAACAUAUUCUAUGCAAACGCCCUUCUUGGCAUGCUCAACGCGAGACAUCUCCUACGACAACGAGUCACGGUUAGCAUCGACCCCAACCACAUCGAGUUACCCAAGUACAGCAACACACCAUCCAGCCGACAUGUGCAGCCUGCAGAAUCCUUCCAGGUGAAGUCGCAAAAGAGUAUACGUAUGACAGAAGAAAUACAGACGGUGUCGAUGAAGGUCGGCGACCAACGUCGGGACUCGGUCGAUUUUCAAUCGUCCAGUCCUAUAUCUCUUAGACGACCCCAAAGCCCUAGACCUGGCGACCUUCAAAAUGCCAAGAUCGAGGUCCAGCGAAGGGUCGACGUAGAGCGAGAUAUGUGACCUGAGCAUGAAGAGAUCCGACUAUUUGUUUCGACGGCUCCAACAUGUCUGUAUUUGUAUUCAUUCUGCGUCAUUUGAAGCUCUUCGCGCCAUUCC